GGGGAUGAGCACCGGGAUGUGAGCGGGAUGUGAGCGGGAUGUGCGCAGGAUGUGAGCGGGAUGUGCGGGGAUGUGCGCACGAUGCGCGCAGGAUGUGAGAGGGAUGUGCGGAGAUGUGCGCACGAUGCGCGCAGGAUGUGAGAGGGGUGUGAGCGGGAUGUGAGCGGGAUGUGCGCAGGAUGUGAGCGGGGGAUGAGCGCGGGGAUGCAGCGCGAUGUGAGCGGGGAUGCAGCGGGGGCGCGGCGGGAUGAGGGCGGGGAUGCGGCGGGACGAGCGCGGGGAUGCGGCGGGACGAGCGCGGAGAUCCAGCGGGACGUGCGCGCCAUGUGCGCGGGGAUGCAGCGGGACGUGCGCGGGAUGUGCGCGGGGAUCGAGCGCGAUGUGCGCGGGAUGAGCCCGGAGAUCCAGCGGGACGUGCGCGGGAUGUGCGCGGGGAUUGAGCGCGAUGUGCGCGGGAUGUGCUCGGGCUGCGCUCGGGCCGUGCCCGGCCCCGCUCUCCCCGCUCCCCGGUCCCGGAACUCGCCUGGCGGAGCAUCCCCGGCCCGGCCCCGGGGCACCGCAGCGGGAUCGGCCCGAGAUCCCUCCGGGAUCCCUCGCAGAGGCGGCGGCCGCGGGGCCAAGGUCACCCCGCAGCGACUACAAUUCCCAGGAGGCAGCGAGAUCCCGGGAAAAGGCCCGGGGGGAGCGGAGGAGGAGUGAGGGGUUCGCUCCAGACCCCUCCGAGCUGCCUUCCCCCAGCAUUUGCCUCUUCCCCAUCGGAGCUGGGAUGUCCCAUCCCAGGGGAUGGCUGAGAAUCCGGCACAAACGGACGCGAAUCUAUUUCGGGAUUUACCUCAGUUAUGGGAAAACAAACAAACAAAGAACAAAAAAAAAGCAGCAGCAUGAGGAGAAAUAAAUGCCUGACGGUCGGGUUUGAAGUGCUGCGUGCUCCUUGCAGGGCUGCAGCCCCUGCACAUCUCCGGGACCACCUUCCAGGACCUCCACGGUCAUUAGCGGGUAUUAUCCUCGCUCUCUCUGAGGAAGAGGUGGGAUAAUCAUUCCCCAUUUAACGCCUGGGAAGCUUGGCACGGCGCACAUUAAGUGAUUUGCUGACAGGCACACAAGAAAAUUGCGCUAGUCAAGCGUUCUCCCAAUUAUGCCAUCCUUGGAACUGCAUAAUUUCCCUGCGUGAUUCCAAACACGGCUGAGACUCCCUGGGCAGGGCUUCAUCUCUGCAGAGCUCAAAGCAGCCGGCAGGACCCGUCCGUGCCCGUGUCCCCACCGCGGGGCUCCUCGGGCCACAAGCGCUCGGCUCCGCUGCCCCUCUCGGCGGGCAGGACGUGCAGCGCCGCUUCACCCCCGCGCCCGGCGGAAUUCCGCAGCCCAGUGGAAAUUCCCCAGCGCUCCAGGGGCCUCCAGGGGCCGGCAGAACCUCCCCGGAGCCGAGCGGGGCCCUGGGACGGUGAGCAGAGGGAUCCGGGGGGAGCAGGAA